AUGUCGUCCUCCGCGGUCGGCCUGUGCAUCUCUCGUGCGCAGCGCACCUCACCCUGCCUCGCCCUUUGUCGCGCUCAACCCCAGUGGUGGGUCUGCCGCCUUGCAGCUACCUUCUCGCAUGGCGUACCUGACAAUGUAUGCACAGGCACGUCCGCGGGCACGUUGGGGGUAAUCCUGCGUAAUCUCGGGGUCCACGCGUCGUCCGAUUGCCGCCCACGAUUCCGACCCGGCGAACGCGACGUAGAGGACGCCCGUGUACAUGUUGUGGGUACUCCAACGGAGCAGGCAGAGGUGUCGAGCGUGAGCCAUGAAUCAAGUAGCACCUCCAGCAAAAACUCAAGGCCGUUCAGCAGAGACACGGUUAUCCAGGUGUUCGGCGUGCUCGAGAGCGUGCUGUCGAAGCACGACUGGCUGUUGGGCGACAACUGCACAGUCGCGGACACCUUGUCCGCGAUCUGGAACACAGGCCCCGUUUCGCCUGACAUGCUCUCGGGCGUCGAGGGGCUGGACGUGCCGACGAAGUCCCCGGCACCUAUGUUUCGCUCUGGAGCUAUUUGA